AUGUCGUCGGUGACAUGUGACCGGCCGAGGAGGAAGUCGGCGUGCGUAACCGGAGGGGACGGGUACAUCGCGUCGGCGCUCGUGAAGAUGUUGCUGGAGAAGGGAUACGCCGUGAAGACGACCGUCAGAAAGUCCGAUGACCUGGAGAAGGUACCCCAUCUAAAGGAUUUGCAAGCGCUCGGCCCCUUGGACGUCUUCCGCGCCGACCUGGAAGACGAGGGCAGCUUCGAUGACGCCGUCGCCGGCUGUGACUAUGCCUUCCUCGUCGCCGCUCCGGUUAUCCUGAACGCAGAGAACCCAGAGAAAGAAGUGAUCGAGCUGGCCGUCAAUGGCACCCUCAACGUGAUGAGGUCGUGCGUGAGGGCGGGGACGGUGAAGCGCGUGGUCCUGACGUCGUCGGCGGCGGCCGUCUCCGACCGACCGCUGCUGGAAGGCGACGGCCAUGUCCUGGACGAGGAGUCCUGGUCCGACGUCGACUUCCUCAGAGAAAACCAGACCAUUGGCUGGGCGUAUGCUGUCUCCAAGGUGCUUGUCGAGAAGGCAGCGUGCGCAUUCGCUCAGGAGAAGGGCAUCAGCUUGGUCACCGUGUGCCCCGUCGUGGUGGUGGGCGCGGCGCCGGCGACGAGGGUCAACACCAGCGUGCUCGACGUCCUCUCCCUGCUAUCCGGCGAUGACGAGAGGAUCCGCAUCCUGGAACUCAUUCAGAGGGCGUCCGGCUCGAUCGCGAUGGUCCACGUCGACGACCUCUGCCGCGCCAAGAUCUUCGUCGCCGAGGAGGAAGAGGCGGCGUCUGGCAGGUACAUCUGCUGCAGCCUGAACACCACCGGCGUGGAGCUCGCCCGGUUCCUGGCCGCCAAGUACCCGCAGUACAACGUCAAGAUCGACCGGUGCGUACGAACUACUCAAUCCGCUCUUCUCUGGUUCAGUGGUCUCCCCGAGAAGCCGAGGGUCCGCAUCUCGUCGGCGAAACUCGUCGGGGAAGGGUUCGAGUUCAGGUACAAGACGCUGGACGAGAUAUAUGAUAACGUCGUCGACUACGGAAGGGCCUUGGGAAUCCUGAAGUACUAGAAUGACGGGCCUGUCCAUAAUUGGAUAUCCGAACCAAACAAUUCGAAUAAACCCAGCUUCUCCCGAAAUCAUAAUUUGCUGAAAUGUGGGUCUUCAGUU